GCUGGUUUCGGUCGAAUUCAAACCGGUCUGACAUCACAUUGUUCGGACCUCCAAUUUUUGCACUUUGGCAAGCCGUUUGUCCUGACGACAGGAUUUCUGCUGGCCAACGCAAGUCAAUUAUGAAUAUGGCUGACCGAUCCAUGGAACCGCCGUCUGAAUCGACCUCACCCAAGCUCGCGGCCGCCUCCAAUGAUAUCGAACUAGACUCUGACGAUGGAGGUUUUCAUUCACAAGAACAAGGGAGCGAUAUGGAUUCUGGACUUGAGGAACACGGGCAUGAGAACGGAGACGCACCCCAGAUACCGACUGGCGAACAGAGCUCAGAGGGCAUGUUGCCGCGAGAUGUGCCUCAGAGGAACCCCUACUAUGACCCCGUAGACGAACGCCAGAUGACACAGACUGAUGCGAAACUUUUCUACCAACAAAGACAGCGCGAGUACAAGGACCUCCUACAUCUCACUCCCCAGGGCAGCCCUUCCCUCUCCCCGUCGGCCGGCGACAACCUGAGCUCCACCUACCAGACUCAGAUUCCGUCCUUGACUUCUCAUCCGUAUGCCAAUCUUGGAACGAGCGCCAGCUCCAUAUCUCUCCACUCGGGGGCGUCCAAAUUCCCCGAUAUCGGGACGUCGUCGACCAAUGUUGGCUCUGGAGUUGCACCUCGAACUGCUACCAGACCAUCUCUAGGUGGCCUAGAAUCAGGUAGUCUACCGUCUAGCGAAGCGCCGCACGAGAAAAAAGAGGCAUCUGGCCCAGUUCAGCCUGAUAUGGGCCUGCCAGACGGAGGUCCUGUUGAUAUUGGCAGCGGAUUCGAGGACAACGACCCACAUAUCACCGCCGAGUUGAAAACCAUCUUCAAUAAUAUCCAAAAAAUCUUGGAUAUUCGUCACAGGUAUAUCCGGCUGUCGUUGCAAAGGGAUGGUGACAACCCCAAGGACGACCCCAGUUGGGACAUCUACCCCCCUCCGCCCGAACCCGCAUGGGUCGGACCUCAUACAGCGUAUUUUACACACGCACACAACACCGCUACUAACAGCUUGAGCAAUAGCACCGUGUUGCCCCCUCGGCAAGACACACAGCGCACAACUGAAACUUCGAAUAUGUCCGGUUCCGAGCCAGAUCAUAAGAAAGUAAUCAAGAAACGCAAGUCUGAUCGGGAUAUUGGUGAAGAUUUUGAUAUGAAACACGUUCUGCCACUGCCUGGUGCAACAGAGUUCACCUUCAGACUAGACGAGAAUGGCGUCUACCAGGUGUACGAGAAUACCCAAGCAGACAAGGCCAACACACCAGUCGUUAAUGUGCCCACAAUCAAGGACUUCUACAUCGACCUUGAGGACAUUUUGACCACUUCGUCGGACGGUCCUAGCAAAAGCUUUGCAUUCCGACGACUGCAGUAUCUUGAAGGCAAGUUUAACCUCUACGUGCUCCUAAAUGAGUACCAGGAGACUGCCGAGAGCAAGAAGGUGCCUCACCGAGAUUUCUACAAUGUAAGAAAGGUCGAUACCCACGUUCACCACUCUGCCUGCAUGAACCAGAAGCAUCUGUUGCGCUUUAUUAAGAGCAAAAUGAAGAAGUGCCCAGACGAAGAGGUACUUAUCAGAGAUGGGAAAGUCCUCACACUUGCCGAGGUCUUUGAAAGUAUCAACUUGACUGCGUAUGAUCUGAGCAUUGACACGCUCGAUAUGCACGCUCAUACCGACUCUUUCCAUCGGUUUGACAAGUUCAAUCUCAAGUACAACCCCGUUGGGGAGUCGCGUCUAAGAACUAUUUUCCUAAAGACGGACAACCAUAUUGAGGGUAGAUACCUGGCCGAGAUCACUAAGGAGGUCAUUUACGACCUCGAAUCGAGCAAAUAUCAGAUGGUGGAGUGGCGCAUCUCCAUCUAUGGCAGGUCGAUAGAUGAAUGGGACAAGCUUGCCGCUUGGGUGGUUGACAACAAGCUGAUGUCCCACAAUGUUCGCUGGUUGAUCCAAAUCCCACGACUCUACGAUGUGUACAAGGCCACUGGGUUGAUGCAGAGCUUCGAAGAGGUCAUCAAGAACGUCUUCUUACCCCUGUUCGAAGUCACCAAGAAUCCAGAAAGCCAUUCUAAACUGCAUAUUUUCUUGCAGCGCGUCAUCGGUUUUGACAGCGUCGAUGACGAGAGCAAGGUAGAACGCCGGUUGUUCAAGAAGUUCCCCGUUCCCAGCGAAUGGACCUCGAAGCAGAACCCACCGUACAGCUACUGGAUCUACUACGUCUUUGCCAAUAUGACAUCUCUAAAUUUCUGGCGCCGGCAGCGCGGCUUCAACACGUUCCUCCUGCGUCCACACUGCGGCGAGGCUGGCGACAGCGAGCAUCUCGCCGUGGCGCUCCUAUGCAGCCAUAGUAUCAGCCACGGAUUGCUUCUGAGAAAGGUGCCACUUCUGCAGUACAUCUUCUACCUUGAGCAGAUCGGCAUCGCCAUGUCCCCACUCAGUAACAAUGCGCUCUUCCUUGCCUACGAACGCAACCCAUUCCACCAGUACUUCAAGCGUGGGCUAAACGUAUCCCUGUCGACCGACGACCCCCUGCAAUUCGCCUUCACCAAGGAGCCGCUGAUUGAGGAAUAUGCAGUCGCAGCGCAGAUCUACAAGCUCAGCCCGGUUGACAUGUGCGAACUGGCCAAGAACUCGGUGAAGCAGAGUGGUUACGAACAUUCGAUUAAGCAGCAGUGGCUCGGCCCUAACUUCUCCCUCCCGGGCAAGGAGGGGAACAUGAUGAUCAAGACCAAUGUUCCCGAUAGGAGGGAAGAGUUCCGGCACCACACGUGGGUGGAGGAGCACCGCAUGAUCUCUAGAUACACAUCGGCAGAAAGAGAGGAGGUCGCUCAAUCCCCAGUAGCCUUAGAGCAUCUUAGCUUGGCACACCCGGGCCCAGCAUCGCCUACUUCAUCCUCGAAGACGAACCUCGCAAGCAAUGUGACCCUGUUCGACUCCAAAUCCCACCACCACGCCCACUCGGCCCAAGAAGCACGUCUCCCGCCGUCGUCUCGCCGCCAACAACUGCCACCACAAGCCGAGCCCAGCCUCCUGUCCGCCGCCCCCCAUACUAGCCCCAGCUCGAGUACGUCGAUUCUGCAUGCUCCGCUUUCGGGUUCGCCAGUCUUAGCAGCAGCGGCCGCGGGGCCGUGGCCCCCGUCCGAUGGAACGCACCUCUCGGGUCAUGAGCCAAGGUACUUCCCUGGCAUGAUGACGAGGGCAUCUAGGAAGGAUAACAUCCGCAAGGGCUCGAUGCACGAGUCAGACGACGCGGGGUCGGUUCGCAGCGCUCCUAAGAGGAGCGGGGCAAGGGAGGAAUUUUCGUGAGACUGGUGUGGGGGGUUUGACAGCCGUAGUGCCAAACAGGACUUGAAGUUGGAAUGAGUGGGUAAUAGGGCAUGAGAAUGAGGGAUGGUAUGGUAUGGGUGGACUCAUAGAAUACUCAAGGUAGAGCGGUUAGGUGGAACGGGGGUUUCUACAAGAGGACUUACAUGGAAAGGAAACUACGAAAGUGAAACUUUGCGGAUACAUUAUAGAAGAGUGGCAUGCACUAGGAGAAGGGAAAUUGACGUUGAUAAGGCUCUCUGCUCCAUGUUCAAUCAAUGAUGGCUUAGAAGGAAUUAAUUUAGUACGUUUAUGUGAAUCAUUAUGAAUCCACUGCCAUAUUGAAUGCGCGGGAGUACUACAGUUGACAUUUGGGAUAG